CGUAAGGCUUUGGUAGGCAUAAGAACACUUAUAUGAGUUGGACUUUUGUAUCAUCCCUUGCUGUAUCUUCUUCCCUUUCUACGAUUCUCUUGAUUACAGGAAAACAGUUGAAUAGAGCUGUAAUGGGAAGGCCUCAAAAGUUCCAAGGUAUCAGCGAAGAGGUGCAGAGGUUAUUAGAUGCCGACAUGGACCAAGUGAAGGCGAGGCGUCAAGCUCGAGAAGCUUUCAAAGAUAUUCAACUAUCGAUCGAUCAUUACUUGUUCAAGUUGCCAUGUGAUGGUGUGAAGAUGCAAGAGGCCUACGAGGUGAACUCUAGAGGUGUGGAGAUUUUCACGAAAAGUUGGGUUCCAGAUUUUUGUUCUCCCAAAGCAGCAGUUUGUUUUUGUCAUGGAUAUGGCGAUACAUGCACCUUUUUCUUUGAAGGAAUUGCCAGGAAGUUUGUGUCAUGUGGGUAUAGUGUUUUUGCUAUGGACUAUCCAGGAUUUGGUCUUUCAGAAGGUCUUCAUGGGUAUAUUCCAAGCUUUGAUCUUUUGGUUGAUGAUGUCAUUGAGCAUUUCUCCAAGAUCCGAGAUAGACCUGAAAUAUGCAAUCUACCAAAGUUUUUGUUUGGACAGUCUAUGGGUGGAGCAGUAGCUUUAAAGAUCCAUCUCAAACAGCCUGAUUCAUGGACUGGUGCCAUUCUUGUUGCUCCGAUGUGCAAAAUUGCUGACAAUAUAACUCCUCCAUGGUUAUUAGCACAAAUCUUGAUUGGUGUCGCCUCAGUAUUUCCAAAACUGAAGCUGGUUCCAAAUCAGGAUUUAGCUGAGCUCGCAUUCAGAGACUCAACUAAGAGAGAAAUGACAGUUUAUAAUGUUGUUGCUUACAAGCAUAAACCCCGGCUUGGGACUGCUGUAGAGAUGCUUCGAACGACUCAAGAAAUAGAAUUGAGAUUGGAAGAAGUUUCUUUGCCACUAUUGAUCUUACAUGGGGAUGAUGAUGUAGUGACUGAUCCAUCGAUCAGCAAGGAGUUAUACAAGAAGGCAAGAAGCUCAGACAAGACUCUUAACCUUUAUAAAGACGCUUGUCAUGCCCUUCUUGAGGGCGAGACUGAUGAAACCAUUGCUAGGGUUCUUGAGGAUAUCAUAUCUUGGCUUGAUCAACAUUCCAUUAAGAAGAAGAAUAAUACAGCUUCUUGACCUUUCUUCUUCUGCUUGGGUUCUUGGUGAUAUAUAUUCAUUACAGCUCUUUAAAAGGUCACUCCAUUGGUCAUAAGCCCUUGUCAUGUACAAACUAUAACUAUAUUUAAUUUCUUUGUAAAAAAGUACUUUAUAUUGAUACU